AUGUCCCACCACCGACCUCUCUCGGAGGAACAUCUUCCUACACCUCCUACCCUCUCCAAAAUCAGCACCACCCUCUCCCAAACUCCCCACCCCUUCCACGCCAUCACCCAGCGCCUCGCCCGCUUCCUCGACCCCUUCAAUCCGCACGAAGACUCACUCCACCCCUCCAUCUCCAAUUUCAAUAAUUUCGACACACCCACGACCCACGACGCCAUCAUGUACCACAACUACCGAAGCCGCUACCUGGAAAAGGGCCAGCGAGCUACUCGAAAACCCCCCAGUAUGGAACGAAUGCAAGUCCCCGUACUCGUAUCAUCCAGUUCACGAUCCGCAUCCGCAUCUACAUUUACAUCUCCAUUUCCAUCGCGAAGACCCUCAUCCAUUACAAUGUCGACGCCCGAAAUGGAGGGAAGCGAGUUUCUAGAGCCCACAUUGGCAGAAAGUACAUAUGCACGACACGCUACAUCGAGCUAUACUCAAGCACCGGGUACUGCGAAGACGAAGACAAAGCCAUGGAGUUAUGCGCAAUAUGUGGGUUUACAACGCGGACAGAUUGAAGCUGGGAAGACGAGGACUGUGAAUGAACAACCGGGGGCUCAUGCUUCUCCUACUUAUUCGCCUCAGUAUAUGGAAAAUAGCGGAGCAUAUAAAGCCCCAUUGACAGCAGAAGAACAGGUACAGCGGGAGAGAUUCGCGAGGGAGUGGAGGGCUAGAGAGGAGAGGGAGAAGAGGGAGACGGAUGAGGAUAAUGCUCUGAUGGAUUCAUUUGAGUUUGAGCCUACAAUUCGCCCUUACGUUCCGAAAUUUCAAUAUUCGUUCGCUGGUCGUAAGGGAUUUUCGUCGUCAGGUACGUCAUCGGGUGGAAGGAUGUAA